CCUAUAUUUUAAGUUACAUGUCAUAAAUUUAUGAUUAAUUUAUUGAGACAUUUAAAUGGUGACAAGUAAGUAAAACAUGGAUCUUAGUGGGGAAAGAUCUGAAACAUGACAAACUUCGGAAAGUAGGUGAUGUUUGAAGUGCAGUAAGUACAAGGUAAGUAUUGGCAUUGGAUUUGCAUGCAAAAAAAGUGAGAGAUUGAUUUAAAGGGGUGGCUUAUCUUAUCCUUGUUCAUUGAAGAGGCUGAAGCAAGCUACCUCUGAUUUCAACUUGACAAUGUUUCUCACAUGGACCUCUGGUAUCAGAAUCACUCUUCCUCUUUUCUUAGUUGCAGCUAUUGUUGCUGCUUGCUUCACUCUCCCCAUUGAAAAGAUUCUGAAGGAUUUCUUGACAUGGGUUGAUCGUGAUCUUGGGCCAUGGGGUCCACUUGCUCUGGCAGUUGCAUACAUUCCUUUGACUAUCUUGGCAGUUCCAGCCUCUGUACUUACUCUUGGUGGUGGUUAUCUAUUUGGCCUUCCAAUUGGCUUUGCCGCUGACUCUGUUGGUUCAACCUUUGGUGCUGUAGCUGCAUUUCUUCUUGGUAGAACUAUUGGGAAAUCCUUUGUUGUUUCAAGGUUGAAGGAUUAUCCACAGUUUAGAUCAGUAGCAAUUGCAAUUCAGAAAUCUGGCUUUAAGAUUGUGUUCCUGCUUCGGCUUGUUCCAUUACUUCCCUUUAACGUCUUAAACUACCUCCUCUCUGUGACUCCUGUUCCUCUGGGGGAAUACACAUUGGCUUCCUGGCUAGGAAUGAUGCCGAUAACAGUGGCACUUGUAUAUGUUGGAACUACACUCAAAGAUUUAUCUGAUGUGACACAUGGUUGGGGAGAGUUCUCAAAGACGCGUUGGGCUCUGAUAAUAUUCAGUCUACUAAUGUCUGUGGUUCUGAUGAUAUGUGUUACUAAAGUUGCCAAGUCUGCUUUAGAUAAGGCCUUGGCUGAAUGUGAAGAUAUGGAUGGUACAUCAUCUUCGCCAGCGCCACCAAUCGUCACAGAACCUUCAAUAGAUCUGAAUCAGCCUCUCAUGAGUAAGAUAGAUCGGGGACAAGAGCAAAAUGAAAAGUAAAACCCAGAGUGUAAGAGUGUGUUUGGAUCAGUUUAUUUUUCCUCAAAAUCAAUUCUAGCACUCAGAAGCUAACUCACAUUAGCUUCUCCCGAUAAUUGAUUUUGACUUCAGAAUCAAUUGUAGCAUGAUCUCCAAACAUGUAUUAAAUUGUUUCCCACAUCCCACCUUCAAAAGGCCUUUUUAGGCAGUAGCUGCUAGCCGCUACAUGAUUUGUACAGUUCCAACAUUAGAAAUGUAGUUUGUGACAAAAUGGUUGAUGAUACAAUCAAGAUGAGGCUAUGUCUAACAGCAGAGAAGUUCAUAAUAUGAACUGUUCUUGAUUCA